GACCAUGGAGUCUGACCAGUGAUUUCUUUUCCCCCAGGAGAGCUAAGCCCUGUGUCUCCAAUAUGGAAGUUGAGAACCAGACACAGGUCACCAAGUUCAUUCUGGUGGGAUUCCCCGGGAACUGGGGCAUGCGUGCAGCAAUGUACCUGAUGUUCCUCGUGGUAUAUAUUCUCACAGUGGCUGAGAACGUGAUCAUCAUCCUGUUGGUGCAGCAGAACCGGCCACUGCAUAAGCCUAUGUACUUCUUCCUGGCCAACCUGUCCUUUUUGGAGACCUGGUAUAUCUCUGUGACUAUACCCAAAUUGCUGUUUAGUUUUUGGUCUGAGAGCAACAGCAUCUCCUUCAUUCACUGUAUGAUACAACUUUACUUCUUCAUUGCACUCAUGUGCACAGAAUGUGUGCUGCUGGCUGCUAUGGCCUAUGACCGUUAUGUUGCCAUUUGCCGCCCACUCCACUACCCCACCAUUAUGAGCAAUGGGCUCUGCUUCCGCCUGGCUCUUGGUUCCUGGGCCAUUGGUUUUGGCAUCUCCUUGGCUAAGACCUGUUUUAUCUCCCGCCUCAGUUUCUGUGGCCCCAAUAUCAUCAAUCACUUCUUCUGUGACAUCUCUCCAGUACUUAACCUCUCCUGCACAGACAUGUCCAUAGCUGAGUUGGCGGACUUUGUCCUGGCACUGGUCAUCUUCCUCUUCCCGCUCUCUAUCACUGUCCUGUCCUAUGGAUGCAUUCUGGCCACUGUUCUACGCAUGCCUACAGGAAAGCAGAAAGCGUUCUCUACUUGUGCUUCCCAUCUCGUAGUGGUCACCAUCUUCUAUUCAGCCACUAUUUUCAUGUAUGCCCGGCCCCGAGCUAUCCAUGCCUUCAACAUGAACAAAGUUAUUUCCAUCUUCUAUGCCAUUGUCACACCUGCUCUCAACCCUUUCAUUUAUUGCCUAAGGAACCGAGAGGUCAAAGAGGCUCUGAAAAAACUGGCCUAUUGCCAGGCCAUCCGAUCGGACUAGUCUAUUGCAAAUAACUAGAAAGAAACGAUUUGAUUUGA